AUGGGUCGCGGCUGGAGCUGCGUGUCCGGGAGCCCCCCCGCCCUCGGCCCCACCAUCCGUGACCCCCCGUCCCCGCGGGUGCCGGGACCGGCGGGGUUCCGAACCGCUCCCGCCCGUGGGCACUGGGGACUCGGAGCGGGUCCCUCCGCGGGUGCCGGAGCCACCCUUGGGUGCCGGUGCCGCCGGCGGGUGCGGGGCUCGGAGCGGCUCCUUGUGCUCGCUUUUGCCGCCCGUGCCGCCGGUAGAACGGCAGCCGCCGGCCCCGCGCCGCCGCCCGCGGGCACCGGCACCGGCAGCGGCAGGAAGGGCUCGCUCCGCAUCCGCCUCAGCCGCCUCUUCCGCACCAAGAGCUGCAGCGGCGGCUCGGCCACCGGGGACGCCGCCAGCGCCGCCGCCUCGGCCGGGAGCCUGACGGAUGUGUGCGGGGCCCGCGGCCGGGAGCAGGAGCCGGGCAGGAAACACAGACUGACAAGAACCCAAAGUGCCUUUUCCCCGGUUGUGUUCAGCCCCCUCUUCACAGGCGAGACGGUGUCGCUGGUGGACGUGGACAUUUCCCAGCGAGGGCUCAGCUCCCCUCACCCUCCGACCCCUCCGCCGCCGCCGCGCCGCAGCCUCAGCCUGCUCGAUGAUUUCGGCGGGGUGCUGCCUCCGGCUGUGCUGCUGGGGCCCGUGGGCUCUUCCCUGCAAUCCUUCCCGCUGCCUCCGCCGCCUCCGCCCCACGCCCCAGACGCCUUUCCCCGGAUCGUGCCCCCGCGGCCCCCGGAGGCGCCGGGCCAGCCGCCCCCGCCACACCUGCAGUGUCCCCAGCCACCCCUGCAGUGUCCCCCGCCACACCUGCAGUGUCCCCUGGCCCGGCCCGACCCCAGCAGCUUCGCCGCCAGCCUGAGGGAGCUGGAGAAGUGCGGGUGGUACUGGGGCCCCAUGAACUGGGAGGACGCCGAGAUGAAGCUGAAGGGGAAACCCGACGGCUCCUUCCUGGUGCGGGACAGCUCCGACCCCCGCUACAUCCUGAGCCUGAGCUUCCGCUCGCAGGGCAUCACGCACCACACGCGCAUGGAGCACUACCGAGGGACCUUCAGCCUGUGGUGCCACCCCAAGUUCGAGGACCGCUGCCAGUCCGUGGUGGAGUUCAUCAAGAGGGCGAUCAUGCACUCCAAAAAUGGGAAAUUCCUCUACUUCCUGCGCUCCCGGGUCCCAGGUCUCCCCCCGACGCCCGUGCAGCUCCUGUAUCCCGUCUCCAGGUUCAGCAACGUCAAAUCCCUGCAGCACCUCUGCCGCUUCCGCAUCCGGCAGCUGGUCCGGAUCGACCACAUUCCCGAGCUCCCGCUGCCCAAGCCCCUGAUCUCCUACAUCCGCAAGUUCUACUACUACGACCCGCAGGAGGAGCAGUACCUGUCCCUCAAGGAGGCGCAGCUCAUCUCCCGGCAGAGGCCGGAGCCCCAAUCCUCCCCGGAAUCCUCCACGUAGCGGGGCCGGAGCCGCUGACGGAAUUUUGUUGUUGCCCUCCUGCCGUGGUGGGGAGGAGGCCGAGCUCCUGCUGCUGCUCUUUUCCCUGGAGGAGAGGGCCCAGCAUUCCCAGGAAAGCCAGCAUUCCCAGGAAAGCCAGCAGAGCAGGAUCCGGAGCCCCGGCUCCUGGGAAAAGGAAUCCUGGGGGAGCCCAGCCCGGCCCCGCGGGGUCCCCGCGGAACAGAGAAUGUCGUGGCACUAUUCCCAAGUUCUCCUGGAAGUUUUCAGUUUGGAUGUCUCUGGAUUUUUUAUUUUUAAUUUUUUUUUGGGGAUUUUCAGCAUGAGGAAAAACUGGAUUUUCCGAUCCCGCCGGAUUUUUCCAUCCCACCUUGGGAAUUUCAAGGCGGGGGAGAGGAAAAAAGAGGGGAAAAAAAGAGGGAAUUUUGUGGGAAGAUCCGUCUGCUCCGAGGCGCGGUGGCCAGGCUUUGAUCCUCGCUGGAGAGCUGCAGACGGAGCCGGGGGAUGGAAGAGCCCUGGGAAUAACCCCUGGGAAUAAAGGAAUUGUGGAGCUCGGGGCGGCUCCACAGCUCCCCCGCUUCCCGGGAUUCGGGCAGAGAGAUCCAAACCCUCCGGGGCCGGCAGGAGCCUCCUGGGAAAAGCUGGGAGCCGAGGAAGGAGGGAGGAGCGUGGGAUGAGCUGGAUCCGGAGGGAACGUUGCUGGAAGAUUCCCCUGGAGCCCCGGGAAGGUGGAGAAGCUGCUGCUGGAAUUGCUGGAGCUGCCCCUGGAUCCUGCAGGAUCGGGGUGGGCGCUCCCGGCCUGUCCCUGGCGGAUUCCAGAGGCUGGGAAUGGAGUGGUUCCCUCUGGAGGAUCCUCCCGGAGCAGCUCCCUCCUCUCCCUGGGACAUCAGGAGCAGCAGAUCCAGGGGAGUUUUGGCUCUUUCCCUGAUUUUGGGCUCGAAUUCCCUCCCUCUCCCCUUGGGAUCCCGGGCUGCUGCUCCAUCCCCUGAGCAGGAAUUCCGCGGGGGAGCUUCCAGCUGGGAAUUCUGGAGAGUUCCUCCCUGCUGUGUUUCAAGGAGCGGCAUUCCAGUGCUCUGAAUCCAAGGAAUCGCCCCACCCUGCUGGAUCUGAGGAUUCCCUGGAGCCCUGGGAGCUGCCAGGGUGAUCCCAGCCCUGGAAUUCCUGUGGAUUUCAGUGGGAAAAAAUUCCAAGCUGCUUUGCCACGAGAGGUGCUACAAAUCCUGCCCUGCCUGCCUCCUCCAGCUGGGAUUUGGAGGGAAAAAACCCACAACCCUUAAAAAAAAAAAAAAAAUUCCAGGUUUCUGGGUGAAUCUGAGCCUGAAAUUCCAUGGAAAUACCUCAUGGGACUGUGGGGGAAAACCUUCCCGGGAGCCAGCCUGCUCCAGCUCUCCUUCCAGGAACAGGAAAGGAGAAGGGAGGGGUGGAUCGGGCUGGAAAAUGGGAUGCAGGGAGCUGGGAAGGUGUGGGGCAGUCCGGGGAAAAUCUGGGGAAAAUCCCGGGAAAAACCCAGGAAAAUCCGGGGAGAAUUCGGGGAA